CAUGUAGUUUGAAUAUGAUUAAUGUCUGAAGAUAAGACCAUCACAAGACACUCGUAAGAUAUGCAUAAGAAGAUUAUAAGAUCUUAUAACACAAUUAUAUAUAGCCAGAAAAUGAAUUAUCUAAAAUUGUGUUUUGUGUAUAUGAUGUUUGUAGAAGGAGUAAUAUGUGGAAAGACGACACCAUGUGAGGACAACUGGGUGGUAUUCCAAGGCUCUUGUUAUUUGGUCGGGCAUGAUAACUUGCAUUUCAUUGAAGCAGAACGCUUUUGUGAACAUCACAAUGCAUAUCUAGUCCAUGUGGAUGAUGCUGUAGAAAACACCUUCUUGAAGAGCUACUUGGGAGAUCUAAAAGAUGGAAAGCAUUGGAUUGGACUGACAGACGGUGUAACGGAGGGUAUUUGGAAAUGGUCUGAUACUGAUACAGUUGCUACUUACUCAAACUGGAGUCCUGGAGAGCCUAACGGAGGAAAAUCCGCAAACUGUGCUGUUAUACGAUCUGAUUUCCACUACAAUUGGACAGACGAUCCAUGUUCGUCAUUGUACAAGGCCGUAUGUGAAAAAAGACCUGUAACAGAUACAGAAAUUGUUGGCUGAGAAAAUGGAUAUGAGAAGUCAAUUUCAAUAACUUCCAAACAAAUUACCAAAAUGAUUGUAAAAUUUUCUUAAAAAGCAAAUUUAAUCAAUGUAUAUAUAAAACUUUUGUGUUGUGUUAAAAGAUAAAUAUAUAUAUUUGUGAAUACAUCAAUUUCUACACCGAAGAACCCUAGAAAAUUACUUCCGUAUAUUUAUCUGUAUAUGCAUGUUUCAUUUAAAUAAAAAAAAUUCAGUACCACCCGCCUAUAUUUUUUAAUGAUACUGUUUUAGAUCAUAUGAUAAUCUGGUAAAUCUCGGAGUGUAUACAUGACAAGUGGCAAGAGUUAAGACAAUAAGGCAAUAAUGCAUUUUAAAAUUUGUGAAAGUAGUGUUGUUUCUUUAUUUGUUUAUUGUUGUUUUGUUUUGUACUUUUUGCUGUUGUUGUUGUUUUCUGUCCAGACUACCCGUAAUUAUUUACCAUGAAAAUAGUAUUGACAUCCAUAUUUAAUAUUUGAGAUUACAUUGUUGUGUUAACAUUUAACUUACUUUUUACAAUACUAAUUCUACAAUGCUAAUUAAUAAGCCACUACCAUUUUUGUGGCCAAGUUUGACACUUUUAC